GACACCGGAUCACCAGGCGGAGCAGCAGGCACCGGGCCACCAGGCGGGGCGACAGGCACCGGGCCACCAGGCGGGGGCGACAGGCACCGGGCCCCCAGGCGGGGCGACAGGCACCGGGCCACCAGGCAUGACAGCGGGCACUGGUUCACCAGGCAUUAGGUCAUUUGACUCACCAGCGGGCUCCACGUCAUCUGGCAAGGCAGUGGGCACCUAGUCACCAGGCACGACAGUGGGCUCCGAGUCAACUGGCAUGACCACGGGCACUGGGUCAGACAUUGGAUCGUCUGGCCCGACAGCGGGCAUCGGGUCACCAGGCAUGACAGCGGGCACUGGGUCAUCAGGCAUGGGAUUGUCUGGCUCGACAGCGGGCAUCAGGUCACCAGGUAUGACAGCGGGCACUGGGUCACCAGGCAUCAGGUCAUCUGGCAAGGCAGUGGGCACCGAGUCACCAGGCACGACAGUGGGCACUGGGUCACCAGGCAUGACGGCGGGCACUGGGUCAUCAGGCAUUGGAUCGUCUGGCUCGACAGCGGGCAUCGGGUCACCAGGCAUUGGAUCGUCUGGCUCGACAGCGGGCACUGGGUCAUCAGGCGUGAUAGGAUCAUCAGGCUGGAUCAGUUCAUCAGGCUGGGUACAGACAUCAGGCUGAAGUGCGGGUGCCGAGGCACCAGGCUGAACCACGGAAGGCAGGUUCUCAGACGGCAGGCUCACCGGUUUGGAUACUGGCAGG